AUGUAUACAAUAUUUUUUUGUCCAUGUAAUCAAAUAUUUGAUUAUCAACAAGUUCUUUGUGGUUCACCAUGUUUUAAACGUACAACAUUUCUUCUAAAUGCUUAUGAUAUGUUUAUACAUAGUGUAAUACCAUGUAUAAUAAUUGUUAUAUUUAGUUUAGCAUUAUUAAUUCGAGUUAUUCGACAUAAACAUCGUAUGCAAGGACAAAUUUUUUCUCAACGAAAACAAUAUCGUAUGGUUAUACAAUUACUUUCAAUUGCUUGUCUAUAUAUUAUUAUGAAUGCUCCAUUAUUUAUUGUUAUUGGUAUUCAAGUUUUUUAUUCCAAAAUAUUUGCUGCAACAGAACGUGAUUUAUAUUUAUUUUAUUUGUAUUAUUUUUACCAUUUGGAUAAAAUAUUAGCUAAAUUAGUUGAUCGUUUACCAUCACAAGAUCAUAAAAAUGAUAAAAAAGUUGUUCGUAAAGCUCGACAUCGAUAUGAACGUCCAUCAAAACUUCAUGCUGAUAUAGCACAAAAACGUGCUCGAGUACAUGAACAUCAUCAUUUCGAAUCACUAAAAAUAAUGUAUUCAAAAUUUGUUUCUGAUGUGUUACAAUUACAUAAUUAUUAUCGUGCACGUCAUUCAGCAUCACCAUUAACAAUUAGUCAACGAUUAAAUUAUAUAGCACAAAAAUAUGCUGAACAUUUAGCAGCAACAUCAAAAUUUGAACAUAGUGGAAAUAGAUUCGGAAAUGAAUCUUUGGGAGAAAAUCUUUAUAUGCAAUGGAUUUCUCAUGGUAAAGUUCCAGUUAGUGCAAAAGAAGCAACAAAACAUUGGUAUGAUGAAAUUGAAUUAUAUGAUUUUAAACGUCCAUAUUAUUCUGAAGAUACAGGACAUUUUACACAAAUGAUAUGGAAAUCAACAGAAAGAAUGGGUGUUGGAUUUGCUCUAUCAGCUGAUGAACGAGAAGUUUAUAUAGUUGCAAAUUAUUAUCCAGCAGGAAAUAUUAUAAAUCCUGGUUAUUUUGAAAAAAAUGUUUUACCAGCGAAACAUUAA